AUGGUGUUGAAGGUAAAAAAGCGCAAUGAUACAUUGCAACCGUUCGAUACCGACAAGGUAUACGCACGGUUGAGUCGUGUUACUGCUGGGCUUGAUAUGGAAUAUGUCGAUCUGAAGCGCCUAACAGAGACAGUAGCUGAUGGUGUAUAUGAUGAGAUUCCAUCUGUGGAACUUGACAAGCUCAUCUCUGAGACAGCAGCCUAUUCCGUGACAAAACAUCCACAUUACAGUCUUAUGGGUGGACGUCUUUGCGUCACUGCACUGCAUAAAGUAACAAAGUCAUCUGUGCUCGAAACAUUUACUAUUUUGUACAACCACAUAGCUCAUGGUACAGGACGUCACGCACCACUUAUCUCAGAUACACUGUGGGAUAUUGUACAACGACGACACGAAGAAUUACAACAAAUUAUUGAUUACGAGCGUGAUAUGCGUUUUGAAUUUUUUGGAUACAGAACUUUGGAGAGAUCUUACCUACUUCGUGUUGAAAGGGCACGAGGAGAAAUGGAUAUUGUAGAGCGUCCACAACAUAUGUUUCUUCGGGUAGCUUUAGGUAUUCAUGGAGAAGAUUUGAAACGUGUAAAGGAAACAUAUGAUUUAAUGUCUCUGGGAUUUUUUACACAUGCCACUCCAACCUUAUUUAACUCUGGUACACCAUACCCACAAAUGAGUUCAUGUUUCCUUGUUGCAAUGCAAGAAGAUAGUAUUGAGGGAAUUUAUGAUACACUUAAACAGUGUGCUAUUAUCAGUAAAAUGGCUGGUGGUAUUGGUGUUCAUGUUCAUAAUAUUCGCUCUGCUGGAAGUUAUAUUGCAGGAACGAAUGGAACAUCAAAUGGACUUGUACCGAUGCUUCGUGUGUGGAAUAACACAGCUCGUUAUGUAGAUCAAGGUGGUGGUAAACGCAAGGGUGCGUUUGCUGUUUAUCUUGAACCUUGGCAUGGAGAUAUUUUUAACUUCCUCUUACUAAAGAAGAAUACUGGAAAAGAAGAUCAACGUGCACGUGACCUCUUUUAUGCCCUGUGGAUUCCUGAUUUAUUCAUGGAACGUGUGGAAAAACGUGAUAAGUGGACACUUAUGGAUCCAAAUACUGCACCAGGAUUAAGUGACUGUUAUGGUGAGGAAUUUAAUGAGUUAUAUGAACGUUAUGAAAAGGAAGGACGUGGUGUAAAAACAAUUCAAGCACAAGAUCUUUGGUUUGCUAUACUUGAAUCACAAAUGGAAACAGGAGUUCCUUUUAUGCUCUAUAAAGAUGCAUGUAAUAAGAAAUCGAACCAGAAAAACAUUGGUGUAAUCAAGUGUUCUAAUUUAUGCACAGAAAUCAUGGAAUACUCAUCUAAAGAUGAAAUUGCAGUAUGUAACCUUGCUUCUAUUGCUUUACCUCGUUUUAUUGAUGAGGAAAAAAAUGUUUUUGAUCACCAACGACUAUAUGAAAUAACAAAAGUUGUGACAAGAAAUUUGAACAGAGUUAUUGAUAUGAAUUAUUAUCCGUUACCACAAGCACGCGACAGUAAUAUGCGUAAUCGACCUAUCGGUAUUGGUGUACAAGGAAUGGCAGAUUUAUUCACAAUGCUAAGACUUCCAUUUACUAGCAGUAAGGCUAAAGAUUUAAAUGAAGAAAUUUUUGAGACAAUUUAUUACGCCGCAGUGGAAGCUAGCGUCGAUCUUGCUGAAGAAGAAGGACCAUAUGAAAGAUUUCAAGGGAGUCCUGCUUCUCAAGGUUUAUUACAAUUUGAUUUAUGGGGUAAAAAACCACGCAGUGGACGGUGGAACUGGGAUGCACUUAAGGAACGUGUUAAAACGAGUGGUAUGAGAAAUUCUUUACUCUUGGCUCCAAUGCCAACUGCAUCAACAUCUCAAAUUCUUGGUAAUAAUGAGUGUUUUGAACCCUUUACUUCCAAUAUUUAUGUACGUCGUGUUCUAAGUGGUGAAUUCCCUGUUGUUAAUAAGUAUCUUGUUAUGGAUCUUAUUAAACUUGGACUUUGGAAUGAUGAUAUGCGAAAUCAGAUUAUUGCAUAUAAUGGUUCAGUUCAGAAUAUCAAGGAAAUUCCAUCUGAUCUUAAGGAAUUAUAUAAAGUUGUCUGGGAAAUUCGACAGAGAGAUUUGAUUGAUAUGGCAGCGGAUCGUGGAAAAUACGUUGAUCAGAGUCAAAGUUUAAAUCUAUUUUUGGAAAAACCAACCUCAAGUCAGUUGACAUCUAUGCAUUUCUACACAUGGAAAUCUGGUCUAAAGACGGGUAUGUAUUACUUGCGUAGCAAGGCUGCUGCAGAUGCCAUCAAAUUUACACUUGAUCCAAAGACACUAAAAGAGAUGAAAAACAGUGGUGCAUCUACUCCAGUCUCAUCGCCGAGACCUCAGGAAGAUGAUUGUUUGAGUUGUGGUUCUUAA